AAAUUUAAAUCGGAAAAAUUGCUUAAAUUGUUUGAAACGAUUCCCAACUUGACACCUAUGCUUUUAUACUUCAAAGAAGCAUUCGAUCACGGAAAAGCGGAAAAUGAAGGAAAUCUAAUUCCUUAUCCUGGUAUUGACAACGAUUACGAUGAUAUAAAAACUAAGCUUAAGGAUAUUGAUGAGAAAUUAGCCCAACACUUGGCUGAGGCAAAUAAUCAAUUAAGAACAACGAAGAUUAUAUACAAGGAUGUUGGAAAAGAAAUUUAUCAACUUGAAGUCCCAAAUUCAAUAAAAGUACCUUCAGAUUGGAAAAAAUUAUCCCGCACGCAG